AUGGCAGGAAGCAUGGAUACCUUUAACAGCAAUGGCGCUUCAGUUCACGGCAUUUUCAGCCGCGACCGAUGCCUGACGGAGUUGGUAGACGACAGGUCGGAACAGAGCUACAGGCACUACAUCUCUCGAAGGACAGUUUUGGAAAUGCACAAAGACCGUGGCUAUGAUGUGGCUGGCACAGGCCUCACUCGAUCACUCACUGAGUUUCGUUCCAUUUUCAGAAAUAGCCCUAAUCUUGAUAGCCUCCGCUUCUCUGUUUCUAUCCGCUCCAAUCCGUACAAGAAGAACCUGGUCAUCUUCAUGGGAACUGAUGAAAUUAGAAUAGCAAAUAUCAGGGCUGUAUAUGGUCAAAUUCUUAGCAAAGAGAGUAUACAAGGGCUGAUACUGAUCUUGCAAAGCAAAAUCAACUACUUUGCCAGGAAAGAGCCGGAGAAGUUUCAAUUCAAAGUGGAGGUUUUUCAAGUACAUCCCCCUGUUGUCUAAAUAAAUUUUCAGACUGCAGAUUUGUUGUUAGACAAUUAGAAAGAACUUUGGGUGGCCAGACAUUUUAAAGAACGAUGCUAAUUUCUAGCCACAAGAGGUCAUGCUACAAC